AUGGGGGUGGGCAGUGCUGGCUCCUUCCGGGCCCCUGACCUGGGGGCUGAAGGGCUUCCCCCUGCCCACAGGCACUUCUGGGCCACCCUCCUCCUCCUGGCCACGGUGUUCCUGCUGGCUGGCUUCCUCCACGUGGACGUCAGGACCGCUGUUCCCCCACUUGCUGGUGAAGCCCAGGGGGACCCCGUGACCAACGUCAUGUUCCUCAAGACGCACAAGACGGCCGGCAGCACCAUGCUCAACACCCUCUUACGCUUCGCCGAGACGCACAACCUGGCGGCGGCGCUGCCGGCCGGCGGCUGCUUCUACCUGGGCUACCCCUGGCUCUUCCUGGCGCGCUACGUGGAGGGAGUUGAGCAGGGCAGCCCCGAGCGGCGCUUCAACAUCAAGUGCGACCACCUGAGGUUCAACCAGCGGGAGGUGCAGAAAGUCAUGCCCAGCGACACCUACUUUUCCAUCCUCAGAAACCCUGUCUUCCAGCUGGAGUCCUCCUUCAUCUACUACAAGGAUUACGUCCCCGCCUUUAAGGGCAUUGCCAGCCUAGAAGACUUCCUGGCGUCGUCGCAGACCUACUACAACCCGAGCCUGGGCUUGCGCCACGCCUACGCCCGGUACAGCAUGUGGUUCGACCUUGCCUUUGACCACGACGUGCCGCCUGAGGAGGGCUACGUGCGCGCGCGCCUGGCUGACGUGGAGCGGCGCUUCCAGCUGGUGCUCAUCGCGGAGCACUUCGACGAGUCCACGGUGCUGCCGAGGCGCCUGCUGCCCUGGCGGCUGGACGACGUGGUAUCCUGCAGGCUCAAUUUGCGCAGCCCGCACAGCGUCGCCAGCCUGACGACCUCGGGCCAGGAGCACACUAAGCGCUGGCGCGCCCUGGACUGGCGCCUCUAACAGCACUUCGACUGCACCUUCUGGGCCCGGCUGCGUGCAGAGCUGGGCCCGGGGCGGCUGCGCUCCGAGGAGCAGCGGCUGCGGGGGCGGGGGCGCGGGCUGGCGGCCCUGUGCUUGCAGGAUGGCGUGCCCAAGGGCAAGUCGCAGGUCAAGCUGUGCCCCUACCAAUCCGGCAGGGCCGACAUCCUGGGCUACAACCUCAGGCCGGGCCUGGACAACCAAAUGCUGCACAUGUGUCAGAGGAUGGUCAUGCCUGAGCUCCAGUAUGUGGCUCGCCUGUACACCCUGCAGUUCCCUGACAAGCCCCCCAAGAACAUCCAUGUCCUGGAGGCCUGGAGGGAUGGCGCCGGAGACUCUGUCUAG